AUCCUCUUUCACCCUCUGCUCAGAAAGGAGAGCCAGCUUAUUUUGACAAUGCUCACAGAAAAGUGCUUGGCAUUUGUUUAUUCUGCACUGUAUCUCUGGUCAUCCUUGUUCCUCUCACUCUUUAAAGUCUCUCAGCAGGGGGAAAGCCAGAGACGCUUGUACAGGGAUCUGCUGAGGAACUACAAUCGUCUGGAACGACCUGUAGUGAAUGACUCCCAACCACUUGUAGUGGAACUCCAGCUUUCCUUGCUGCAGAUAAUUGAUGUGGAUGAGAAGAAUCAGGUGUUGAUCACCAAUGCUUGGCUGCAGAUGUCCUGGGUUGAUGCUUACUUAUCUUGGGAUCAGUAUGAAUACCCAGGAGUGCAGAACUUGCGAUUUCCUGCCGACCAGAUUUGGGUACCAGACAUUCUUCUGUAUAACAGUGCAGAUGAAAGAUUUGAUGCAACAUUUCACACAAAUGUGCUGGUGAACUACUCUGGAUCCUGCCAAUAUAUUCCUCCAGGCAUUUUGAAAAGCACAUGUUAUAUUGAUGUCCGCUGGUUCCCCUUUGAUGUGCAGAAGUGUGAUUUGAAGUUUGGCUCCUGGACUCACAGUGGCUGGUUGAUUGACCUGCAGAUGCUCGAGGCUGAUAUUUCCAACUACAUCUCAAAUGGAGAAUGGGAUUUAGUGGGUGUCCCAGGGAAGAGGAAUGAGAUGUAUUAUGAAUGCUGCAAAGAACCAUACCCAGAUGUGACGUACACCAUCACCAUGCGUCGACGCACCCUCUAUUAUGGCUUGAACUUACUCAUUCCCUGUGUUCUCAUAUCUGGCUUAGCACUGCUUGUAUUCCUUUUGCCAGCUGAUUCUGGGGAGAAGAUUUCUUUAGGUAUCACUGUCCUUCUUUCCUUGACUGUAUUCAUGCUGCUUGUGGCUGAGAUCAUGCCUGCAACCUCUGACUCUGUCCCACUAAUAGCUCAGUAUUUUGCUAGCAUCAUGGUCAUCGUUGGUCUGUCUGUGGUGGUAACAGUGCUGGUUCUGCAGUUUCAUCAUCAUGACCCCCAAGCAGGAAAGAUGCCCAAAUGGGUCCGUGUCAUCCUGCUGAAUUGGUGUGCUUGGUUUUUACGAAUGAAAAAACCUGGGGAAAACAUAAAGCCCCUCUCUUGCAAGUAUAGCUAUUCCAAGCACCAGCUGAGCAUAAACAGCAUGGAGGUGAACGUCCUUCCUGGGCACCAGUCCAGCAAUGGCAACACCAUCUACAGCUACCACGCCAUGGAGAGCCCGUGCUGCCCACAGAAAAACGACCUGGGCAGCAAGGGCGGAAAGAUGACUUGCCCCUUAGCAGAAGAUAUUGAGCUUGUGCAAAAGAAAGCUUUGAUGGAUACUCUUCCAGUGAUUGUGAAGAUCCUGGAGGAAGUGCAGUUCAUAGCAAUGCGGUUCAGGAAGCAAGAUGAGGGUGAAGAGAUCUGCAGUGAGUGGAAGUUUGCAGCUGCUGUCAUAGACAGAUUAUGUCUGGUUGCAUUUACCCUUUUUGCCAUCAUUUGCACAUUUACAAUACUCAUGUCUGCUCCAAAUUUUAUAGAAGCUGUUUCAAAGGAUUUUGCAUAAGGUUGUCAAAGAUGAGCAUGAUAAUCAAAAAGUGAAUAUUGCCAGUAAUUUUACUAGAUAAUUUAACUCAAAUAGAGAAGUGUACUUAUAUGUGCUAACAUACACAGAAGGGGAUUAAAAUAAUUUCAGGACAUAAUUAUUCCUGAUGUUAGUGAUUGUAGUUACUGAAUAGUAAAUAUAUUGAACUCUGUUACUUAUUUCAUAGACUAGUGCCACAUGUACUUUUGUCAUGAUCUGUUAUAAGUGAUAGACAAGAAUUCAAUACAUUACAAUACUAUAAUAUAUUUAUUACAAGUUAACACUAGUAGCAAUGUGUUACUUUGAAUUUGUGAACUUUUGGAUAUUGUUAAUUUAAAUUAUUAUUGAAAAUGAUAAGUUUUGCAUUGCUUUGUUGUUUUUAGUAUGUCUGUGUUUUAUAAUUAUUGUUUGGUGUGGCUGUGACAUGCACUUCGCAGAUUUGGAAGACAUAUCUCCAGUCUCAUGAUGCUGUAUAUUG